AUGUCGAUGUCCCGGAACCGGGAUAUUAGAGGCUUCUUCGGCAAAGGUGCUAGCCGUAGUAACUCUGAAUCCCAGCCGGUCUCCUCGUCAGAGCCGGUCCGGGAUCUGCAACCCUCAUUUUCAUCCCCUAGGACACCUCCGAAACCCACUCCGAAGCUACGUGAUCGGACCGAUGAAAUUAAAGGGUCUGACGAUGAAGACGGCGGCUCGGACGACUCAUUGGAGUCUAUAUCUGCAUUCAUCCAACGGAAAAAAGGCCCUGCGCCUUAUCAAAGAGACUCAAAUCUAACCUCCACGCCUAGGGCGAAGAGGAUAGCCCCUAAUCCAGCCCCUCCACUGAAAUCGCCAUUGACGAUACAGCCUAAACAUAAAUUUGACCUGAAAUACUUAAUCAACCAUGCUCGGCAGUCUGACAGGGCAGAUGAGAGUGCUAGGAUAGCAGAUGAGCUCAUCAACCAGAGCGAAGAAGAUGAUGAGAAUGGUCAAAUUUUAAUAGAAGUGCAAAAUGACCCGACGCUGUUGCAAAAGACAGCUAAGGAACUUCUUAAGGAUGACGAGGAGGACGCCAAAGGCGACAAGUUGAUGAGAGCUAUGAAUCGUACUAAAGUCGACGGGUCUCAUAGACUAUAUUAUUUCUUUAGCCUCGAACAGCCCCUAUUUAAACCUCCUAGGAGUCUAUUCCCGCAAGAGGCGGCAAAGGGGUGUUGGGAAUGUCUCGCUAACUCGCGAGCGCGAGAUCAAGCCGUCAUUCUCGGCUUACCCCAUACCAUUGCCUCCAAGGGUAGGGCACUCCCGGAUGAGCUUUUCUUAUGGAUCAUCGAGGAGGUUUGCGCUGAGAGAAACGCCCAGCUGCGCAUACAGUACUGCAAUCUGGUAGCUCUGUAUCCUAGUAGCAUCAAACGUCUUGUCACUGAGAAGCGACUAUACUCUAUGCUCGAAAGGUUAGGUGGGCCGAAGUAUUCUCGCAGCCAAAAUAACCCUAAGCUUGAGAGUUUGUCCAGAGUGGAUGAUCCGUAUCCUCGAAAAGACUGGUCAGGCCUGGUGACUUUUCUCGAACUAUUAGAACGCAUGGCCCCAAUUUUGAGCACGCAAAAUGCAAUAGGGGCUAUUAAACUACUACUACGGAUGGGACUCGACCCCCUUGUGAGUACGACAGUUCGUUCUGAGCAUGCUGCAGCGAUGGAAGCUCUUGUCACGGCAUUAUCGAAGUUGAGUACAUCCCAAUGGAAUGAAACUUGCGAGACGAUAUCCUCUUAUCUCUACGAGAGUGUAGACGAGCCCAUGCAUCAGGCCAUCCCUAUCAGCCACAUGCCUAAAACUACCACUAAGCUCCUCGACCUACGCCAGCGCAUGGCAGCCGUGGUACUCUUCAGGGACCAAGGGCUGAGUAGUAGACCAGUUGACGAAAGUUUAACGCUUGCCCAUGUCAUCGAUCGGCUUGACUCGAGUGAUUUUCGUGUCGGGGUAUCCACCAACUUCGAGGACCUACGGGCGCUAAUAACGCUUCUGGACAUCGCUGUCGGCAAUGCAGGCUUCAUUAUGCUGCAGCACUCGGGAAGUGACACGGAGGAUGCAGCUCGCAAGUUCGAUGCCGACAUCGAUGUCUUGACGUUUAGGCUUAAGGUGAUACAUGAUAAGAUUCACGACAGCACUCUACUCUCCCGCAAGGUCGCCAAGGCAUCCAUCGACUUGGUAGCCAAACGAUUAACAUACGCGGUGCGCACGCGGCCGCCACCCAAGACAAGCAUAUUCGACUCGGAGCCUAGAGAGGAUGCCAAUAUACCCAAACAGCGGGCAUUCAUGAAGAACUGGGCGCAGAAGAAGGCGGAGCGGAAUAACGCUGCUACGGUUAGCUAA